CUUGGUCGUUAUGCCGAGUCAAGUCUUCAUAUAGUGUUAGAAAAUUGCUCUUCAAAAAAGGUGUCGUUUGUGAUUCAAAGAGGUCGCAAUUCGCAGAGACAACCAUAAGUGAUUACCGGUAACAAAAUUUGAUAAUUGAUUUUUGAAUUUCGAUUCGAACAAGAGAAGAGAUUACAAUGGAAUCAUCGUCAUCUUCUUCAAUCAUAACUCCAGAAGACGUUCUGGAAUCACUCAUGAAUGAUGGUACUAUUGACGCUCUUAGAUUGAAGAUAAUUAAUCAGCUUAAAGCUAAUGAAGAGCUCAAGAAUACCACCAUUAGAAUGGCUGAACAAAGUAAGGUCUUAAAUACACCUGGAGCUGAGAAGCAGACCAAAAGAGAGUUAUUUGAUGCACUUCGACAGGAACUUGAAACUCCAGUACUUGAGAAGGCCUCUAGAUCAGUGUGGGAGUUGAUCCUAGACAGCAAUGGACUGGGGAAAGAAAUAAGUGAAACAGUUGAAAGAGUGUUUUGUAGGUUGAGUGGCCAGGAACCUCCAUUGUUUCCACCGGAAAAUGCUGAAGCCCAGUCAAAUAAAGAAACUGAGAACAAGGGAGGAGAUGGAAAAGAAGAGGAAGGUGAAAGUCAGAAGGAGAAAUCAAACUCAAAUUUAAAGAAAAGGAGUUAUAGCGAGAUGAAAACGGAAGGAGCAGGAAAUGAAGUUGCAAACCAGAUAGCAAAUGAAGUUGUGGGAAAACCCGUUGAACCUCUACCUAAACAAGAAAGCUCUUGUAAAUCCCCUCCACCAACUUCCUAGAGUUGAGCCUGUGAGUUAAACUAGCUAUAUAUGUGUAGCACAAGCAACUUUGAAGCCGGUGAUCCUUCACUAUUUUUGUUUGUCAUGAGAUUUUCUUGUCUUUCUAGGAAUUGUUAGGAGUUCUUACAACUGAAUGUAGUCACUGAUGUUUGAAGUUAUUUUAAGUGCUGGAUCUUUCUGUUUACACAUUCACAUGUAUGUUCAUACGUUAAUUUAUUUUUUGUAGUUUUGUAUUGCUUGAAUAAUCUGUAGGUAAAGUCCUUUAGCUAUAUGAUGUAGUAAUAGAGUUUGAUCCACUGCUGUGGAGUCUGACCUAGGAAAUCUUAAAUAAAGUUUCAUUGUAAAAGUGAAUAUGCAUAGAUGUUUAUACAUGUGUUGAGUUCAAGUAA